GCGCUUUUUUAAUGUUGCUCACAAGACGCUGAUUUACAUUUGUUUAUUCUCCGAUAUCUGGAGAUUUAAUACCGCUAAGUACAACAAUUUGAACGUUUUCCUGUCUUGCCAUAUAUCAUGUCAUGAAUCUGUGCCGAAAUGGAUGGUACGCCGUGUGUACGGGUGCUUCAACGUCAUGCACAACAGUGCAGGAAAUAUUUACAGGCACAAGGUUUUCUGGACCUUAGGUUCUGCAUGCAAAAACACUCAAAUGGGACAGUGAGUCUGCCAAUCAUACCAUCCUGCCUACCCCGGCUUGAUCUCGAAAGUCUCCAAAACAAAGUUGCCUGUGGCGGCAGAUGUGAAGUCGUGAGAAUCAAGGCUCCUCAGUUGUCAAAGAGAGAGAGAAGGAUCUCAAGCAGUGACAAGCUAGUGAUAGUCUUACAGGACCUACUAGAGUCACAUGGGGAGAGAUGGACUGAGGAUCUGAGAGAGGAUAUUCAUCACAGUUACCAGCGCCAUGGAGACUUGGUGCUUUUAGGGGAAAACAUGUUUUCUCUACCUGUAUGGAUCAAAAUAGGUCCAGAUUUGUGGCCAACAGUGGCCCAAGCAUUGGGUGCUGAACGUUUGGCAAAGAUAGGAAGAAUCUACAAGGAUGGAUUCAGAACUCCUGUGGUGACUAUGCUAGUUGGAAACGACAGCUGGGUGUCACAUGUAGACAACAAGAUCAGGUAUGAGUUUGAUGUGAUCAGAUGCAUGUUCUCUGCUGGCAACAUCACAGAGAAGCUAAGGGUCGCCUCAUUCAACUGCGCUACGGAAACUGUGGUGGAUUUAUAUGCAGGUAUUGGCUACUUCACUCUCCCAUACUUGGUGCAUGCAAGGGCCAGCCACGUUCACGCCUGUGAGUGGAACCCUGAUGCAGUGAAAGCCUUGCAGAGAAACCUGGACAUUAAUGGAGUGUCACAUCGCUGUACCGUCCACUACGGAGACAAUCGGCAACUCCCCUUGUGUGACCUGGCGGAUCGGGUGAAUUUGGGCCUCAUACCCAGUUCUGAGGAUGGCUGGCCGGUUGCCUGUCGCCUGCUGAGGAAAACAACCGGUGGCGUGUUGCACGUUCACCAGAACGUCACCUUACCACCACUCCACCCUGUCGGGGAGAAAGUCGAGGUUAACGGCGGAGGCCCUGACCAAGUGUCUCCUAAGAGGAGUGACCGGGAGGCCUGGAGUGUCUGGGCACAAGGCACAGCCGUCCGCAUUGCCUCUCUGCUGCAGGACAUCAACGGCGGACCGUGGACCACUGACAUCAAGCACAUUGAGCAUGUCAAGUCUUAUGCGCCUCACAUCCACCAUGUAGUGCUGGACUUAGAGUGCAGGCCGCUCUGAGGAGCCCGUAGGCAGGAAGGGCGUGGUCAUUGGGGUGUUUGGUACAGUUGCACUGGGGUGAACUGGUAGCAAAAACUGACGCUUGCAUUUCUUAUUCCUUGUUACGACCCCCCGCCUUCUUUUGAUCCUCUGCCCUCCGCAGAUUUUGAUGUCCAAUGGUAUCCGUGACCCUGUGUCAUGGCAGUAGCUCCAAGCAGAUUACUUUCUCCUUGGCUAUUUUUUUACACUAAUAAAGAGUAAAGGCCCACUUGGUUAGAGGUGGCGCUGCUAAUCUGCCGUUUGGCCUGGAGGGGAACCAAACUACUGUUGCCUUUUAAUAUGCUGUUCCACGCUGAUGUAGAUUAAUCCUAAUCCGGUUAAUGGGUUUAUUCCGUGUAUUUUGUACUACGUGCAGUGACUGAUUUGUCACUUGGGGAACGCAUCGAUAGAAUUGUGGAUCCUUGAUUCCUAGAUAUGUUUUUGGAUUUGUAAAAUCUCAGAUAUGCAAACAGAUAAACUUUGACAUGCGAAAACACUGUCAUUGCAGGACAUGGGGUGGCACUUUUGUUUUGAGUCAACUUUGCCUGUUGGAGACGUCUGGAUCUGAUAUGAAUAGAAUUACCUUUUAUCCAGGUCAAACAUGGUACAACAGGUGCUUGGACCAGGUGAAGCCCCUUGUUGAGCGAGUGCGGAUGUAUAUAUUCAUUCCCCUGAAAUAAACAUCUUACUUUCUUACAAAAAAAAAUAACGAGGAAGGGCUGAUAAUUAAUUUGAAGUAUUCUACUACUGCACAUUAAUAUUUGUUCGAUCCACCAUUCUCUGAAUGAAUUGCUGUAAGUCUCUUGUUUACAGCUUUGCACAGUAUCGGAGGGAUUUUGGUCCAUUGUUCUUGACAGAUUGUUCAGGUUUGUUGGACAGUGCUUGUGGACUGCAAUUUUCAAAUAGUGCCACAGAUUCUGAAUGGGAUGAUUUCACUGUGCUACUCUGGGUUUUGUUAUUGUGUCACUCCAUUGUUGUUUUUGGUAUUGUGCUUAAGAUCAUUGUCCUGCUGAAAGGUACAUUUCCUCCCAAAUUUUUUAGCAGACUGAACCAGGUUCUCUUUCAAUAUUUCUCUGUGUUGUGCUCCAUCCGUUCUUUCUUCAAUUUCAACAAGAAGUCUCUGCUGAUGAGAUGCAUCCCCAUAACAUGAUGCUGCCACCACCAUACUUCACUGUAGGGAUGGUUGUUUGUUGAAGCAUAGUGCCAUACCACAAAUAGUGCUUUGAGUUUUGACCAUUAAGCUGGUCUCAUUUAACCAGAAAACCUUUUCCCACAUUGCAGCUUUGUCGCUCAUGCUUUCAGAUGGUACCUUUUGAUUGUUAGGGCAAUUUCUUUAAUCUGUGGAAACUGCAAGCUUCCACACUACAUCAAUACUUAUGCAAGCAACAUAUAAAAAAUGUUUGUUGUACAUAUAUCUUCCAACAUAAAACCAAUGUCAACUUUAAAUAACCCAUUUUGAGUAUCAUUGUUUUAAAAUAAAAUAUCAAAAAGAAUGAACUGUAAUUCAGAUUUUUUCUUUAAUUGGUCAGGGGUUUGAAUUCUUUAGCAAAUCAUGAAAUCCAUAGAUUUGGGCCAAAUACCUUUAUUUCAAUUGUCUGGUUUCAGUAUAUGAACUGUAACUCUGUAAAAUUAUUAGAAAGGGUUGUAUUUAUGUUUUUGUCCAGGACUAGUUGUUUGCCACAGUACAACAAUGCCAUCUUUUGGACUGAUGGACUCACUGUUGCUAAGCCAGAUGUUGACUCUCAAAGCAACAAAUGUGUUGCACCAUCACAUACUGUUAACCAAAGCUUCAUGUUUGUUUGUGGUAGUUUGUCUGACGUCUCUGAAUCUGAAUCUGCCUAUAUAGACAUUCAUGAAUUGCACUGGUCCACACCAGAGCUGCACGUGCAGUUUUGUCUUCUGAAAGUCUUCUGAAAGGUUGGAGCUACAAACACACAUGCUGGUUAUGGCCCACCAGACGGACAGCUGGGCUUAUGUCAACGGGCAGGGGGGCUCCCAUUCCCUCGCUUCUGAUUCAGUCCCUGCAUGAGAUUUAUUACAACCUGAAUGUGGCUCCACUCUCCAGGGCAGGGCCCUGCUCUUAAAGGGGGAGGUUUCACCUGUUUGUUGUCUCUCGGAUUAGGGAGCGGAUUGACAGGGCCGACAUUAAUCUUUAAGUAUUACCAGAAACCACCCAUGGUUUUCUGUCCUUCUGGACGGGUCCCCAGAGCACUCAAUCUGGCACAGAGGUACUCAUGAAUCAGUGACUACUGACCCACUAAGACAUAUUUCCCCCCAUGCUGGACUGGGUGAGUGUACAGGUUCUACAUCUGAUUAGUAAGACCCCCCCUGCUCCCCUCCAUUGGCCCCAGACUCUGGUUCCCUGUAUGUUUUGCAUACAUACAUGAACCGGACCCAAAGGUUCCGGGCCUUGCAGCCAGUUCUUUGUUCUGCCAAACCAGUUUGGGGUAGGGCAUUGUUUGAGUAGCAACUCCCUCACCAGGUUACAGAGGAUCUUCAUGGCAUAUGACAACAAAGAGCCAGAGUUGCCAAUUAGGGUGUGAUUAGGUUUGAUGUGCGCUCACGUUGCUAGGCUUCUCGGUCACUAGUGAAUGGGUUGACUGUUACCGAUAUCUCUGCAGCACAGAGCUGGGCAUCAUGUUUUUUGCCCCGAUAUCAGUUCCCAGGACAGCGCAUAGUGUACUGUUGUCUUGGACACGAGUGUAUGACUAAGUGGCCUGUGAGUUCCUUGUUGCUCUAGGACAGUGGUUUUCAAACCUCUCCUCUGGGUGCCCAAGUCGCUACACAUCUCGGCUGUAGCCCUGAUCUAGCACAGCAGAUUCAAUAACCAACAG